AUGAAAUGUCACUAUGAAGUGCUACAAGUGGAACGAGACGCCGAUGACGAGACGAUCCAGAAGAACUACAAAAAAUUGACUCUCAGAUGGCAUCCCGACAAGAAUCCGGAUAAUAUUGAUGAGUGCACUCAACAAUUUCGACUCCUUCAGGCCGCCUAUGAUGUGUUGAGUGAUGCGAAAGAACGAGAAUUCUAUGAUAGACACAGAGAAUCGAUUUUGAAAGGAAAGAAUACGGAAUAUGGGGAACAAUCCGUCUCGUUAUUCCCUUAUUUCAAUGCGAGCUGUUAUCAGGGAUACGGAGAUGAUCCUAAUGGUUUCUACGCUGUCUACCGUGAAAUCUACAAAAUUCUAGUCACCGAAGAGUACGAUCAUUACGUCGAGAAUCCGAUCGACCAUCCGGAAUUCGGCGAUGAGAACAGUGAUCCGGAGGAGAUCGUCAACAAAUUCUAUGGAUUCUGGAUGUCAUUUUCGACGAGUCGAUCGUUCGCCUGGUUAGAUCACUACGAUAUCACGCAGGCGUCGAAUCGAUGGGAAUCGAGAAAGAUUGAUCAGGAGAAUCAAAAGUAUCGGGAUAUUGGAAACAGGAUAGAAAUGAGCAGAUUAGGGUACGGAAGUUAA